AUGCUACUGGUCAAACACGUCCUCUACGCAACCGGUGCACUUGCAUCGCAAAGUGUUCUGUCGUCCAAGGCAGGCCCCAAGACUGGCAAUGUCGCCUAUAAGCUUCCUACCGAACGCACAUUUCUCCUCAACGUACCCUCGGCCUACGCACAUGAGGAUGCUCACCCACUGGUGCUCUCGUUCCAUGGCGGUCUUGUCUCAGCCAGCGGCUUCAGCGAGAAACAGCAGCGCAUAACUGAACUCUCGGAGUCGUCGCUUCGUAUCGCAGGAAUGCCAUUUCUCACAGCCUAUGGCCAAGGUGUCAACAACACCGACUGGAAUAUGACGCACAUCUGGAAAGGAGCCCCACACGAAAACACCACUGUCGAUGAUAUUGCCUACGUUUACGACAUGGUAUCAGUCAUAUCCACCACAUACAACAUUGAGUCUAGUCGCAUAUACGCUUGCGGCAAGUCCAACGGUGGGGGCUUCACGGCACUUCUCGCCUGCCGACCCGAUACAUCGGCCUUGAUCGCCGCUUUCGCUCCUGUGUCGCCGGCACUAUAUCAGGGAACGUACGCAUUCCACAACUGCACGCCCUCGCGUCCUGUACCUAUUUUACAUGCCCAUGGGGUGGAGGACACUAUUACGCCCUUCCGUGGCCGCAGCCCUGAGGAAGGCUCCUUUGGCCCCGAACCAGAUGUGAGACUGUGGAGGAGGAUGUGGGCCGAGAGAAAUGGCUGCAAGGGACGCUACGACGGCGAGUGGGCCGAGCCGUUUGUGCGUGAGCUUUAUGACGGUACCUGGGGAGAAAUUUGGGAUUGUCCCGGGGCUGAAGUCAGGGGCUUGACAAUAGAGGGACUCGGCCAUUCGUGGCCCACCACUUCGGGAUUAGACCUAGCGGGCGCACCCAACCAGACGGCUAACUUCAACUUCACGAGUCCGCACUUGGUCCAAUUCUUCUCGAGUCAUCAGUUACCAUGA